AUGGUAUCGGUCAUCGAAGCCCACAACACCCAAUGGUCAGAGCUCCACCGGGCUCAACAUCCGAAUAUUCUCUCAUUAUCUCAAUAUCUCAUUCUCCCAAUCGAUGUCAGGAAAAGAGAAAAGUCCUCUGCUCGACACAAUUCCUCAGAAAGAGGAAGACAAUUGUCAAUUGCCAUGCAACCAUUGACAAGGCUCAUCCCUCGGUUUGCAAUCGACUCAGGUUCAGCCUCAAUAUCGAGAAGUUUAAGGAUCUCUCCCCGACCUUCGCUCAAAUCAUCAAUCUGUCUACAAUGUAGAAUCUAUUCCCCCAGUCUGCGGCGACACUUCGCAGAUGAUCAAAGACCUAUAAUAGAACCACCUCCUCAUCUUCGACCUAAGGUUACACCUCCGGAAGAUCCUAAACCUCAACCUCAACCUGAAGAAGAGAAGCCCGCUUCUAUUCCAGAGUACAGCAAACAAGAUGACUCGCCCUCUCCCCAACUCGAGAGGGAUAGAGAGCUUCCCUCUACCCUCGAAAGCCGACGCCUUGCCAUGACGAAGAAAUUAUCCCAUCUAAUGGACCAUAUGCAAGGCAACAUAUUCAUAGCUUCUCAACGCAUCAACGAUCUCACAGGCUACUCCGGCAUUGAAGCCCUAAAGAACAAAAUCACCAAUCUCGAAGCUCAAGUUGCCAGUUCUAAAGAAUUAGUUCGAAGUACUCGUCUGCAUUAUAAAACUACCGUCGCAGAUCGUGCUUCUUCUCAACGCGAGGUUACAACUUUACUAGCAAGGAAAGAUACAUGGACUCCUGCUGACCUCGAGCGGUUUACACAUCUUUACCGUAUGGAUCAUACCAAUGAACAAGCAGUCCAGGAAGCAGCCACAAGACUCGCAGAUGCGGAGCGCGAGGCUGAGAAAGCAGCUGGGGAACUGAGUAGUAGUAUAUUAUCACGAUAUCACGAGGAGCAAAUUUGGAGUGACAAGAUCCGGAGAAUGUCUACAUGGGGAACAUGGGGAUUGAUGGGAGUGAACGUCUUGUUAUUUUUGGUAUUCCAAUUUGGAUUUGAGCCAUGGAGAAGGAGAAGACUAGUUGCGGGAUUUGAGGAGAAAGUUAGAGAGGCAUUAGAGCAGGAGAAGACUUUAGCCAUGUCUACGGCUAUUCGAGGUGCGGAGAUUGGUGGAGGAGAGGGCUCAGAAGUGAGCUUGGAUGAGAUUGUUGCGGCUGAGGUUCAGGAAUUGAAGGAGGAGGCCCUAGUGGAAGGUUUGGGUGAACCAGCCGUGGAAGCAGUGGCAGCUACAAUUGAAGGCGAAGUACCCCAUCACGAAUCAAAUAACGAACCAGCCCAAGAAAUUGGCGAAGCAGCAGCAGCAAUGGAUACAGCAGAACUGAAUAUUCCAUACUCAAGACCUCCACCAUUCGACUAUCGAAACAUAGAAUCCUGGAAAGAGAAAAUGGAAGCCGGAAAAGCUGCGGCAAUAGACCUAUGGAGCACAAGACAAGUUUCGAUAACUAAAAAAGACAUCACAAUCAUAGCAUUAGAAGGUGCAGCUGGAGGAGCAGUGCUAGCAGGAGCCAUCUUUACAUUUAUAAUACGUCGUUCAUAG